GUGGGUAAGAAUAGCCUCACAAUGGAACUCACGUCUCUCAUUUUCUGUUGUCUGAGAACAGUUGUUGUCCAAGCAAGAGAAUAGGUAAGACAAGAAGCAGAGGCAGGAGACUAGGCUAGGCCACUCAGUUUCAGUCCGUUUGUAAGGAUCAACUGCAGUUCUGAUGGACCUGUGGGAUGCUCACCUGGAGUAAAAUUAAGAUAUCAAUAUCUUGUCUUGUGAGCUCCUUUUUGGUGAGCCUGGAUCUGGAGUCAUGGGGAGGCAAGAAGUCUGGGAAGCUGUCUUCAUUGCACUGAAUUACAACAUCACUAUUGUGGGGAAGAUAUGGUUUGUUCUAAUGGUCUUCCUACGUACAUCGGUCUUGUUCUUGGCUGGCUAUCCACUCUACCAGGAUGAGCAAGAGAGAUUUGUGUGCAACACUAUCCAGCCUGGCUGUGCCAAUGUGUGUUAUGAUAUAUUUGCACCUCUGUCACUGUUCCGCUUCUGGCUGGUCCAGCUUACCUCCAUUAUCCUGGUUCAUGUUGUAUUUAUUGUCUAUGUGAUCCACAAAGUUACAUCCAGCCUACCUCACCCUGAUGCCUCUAACAGAAUGAAGUUUAGGUCUUUCUAUAAGCUUAAACAAGAACCUUUCCAUGAAGCAUCUCUGUCAAAGUCUAGUGUAAAAGCGGGUGUAAGACGGCUGCCUUGUUUCACAGGAGCCUACAUCUUUCAUCUUUUGGUCCGGAUCCUUCUGGAAGGUGGUUUUGGGGCAGCCCAUUACUAUCUGUUUGGCUUCUACAUCCCGAAGCGCUUCAUGUGCCAGCAUGCUCCUUGCAUCACCAUGGUGGACUGCUAUAUAUCCAGACCCACUGAAAAGACCAUCAUGCUGAAUUUCAUGCUGGGGUUGGCUGCCUUGUCUCUUAUUCUCAACCUAUUUGAUCUCAUCUGUGCAUCUAAGCAGUCAGCGAGGCACAGGAGCAAGAAGAAGAUGAUGGUAGAGAAGAUGUAUGAGGAGGAACGAUACUUCCUUGCAGAAAGUGGAGCCACUGGUGUCGACUUUGGUGACCCUGAACAUCAAUCCUUGCUGGUAAAUGGAAGCUUCCGUAAGAGAAUCAGCAAAGCCUGUGUGGAUGAUGAUGUGUCUCUGCAUUCCGAAGGUAAAAGUCAUCCAGGCAUCCCUCGUGGAGGAACCCCUGUAGGUAUCAAUCUUGGUGUACCCAGUUCCAGCAGUAGUAAUGGAGCUGGUUGUUACCCAGUGGCACAGGAUGAGGUAACAGAGCGAGAGGGCAGUGAGGUGGCACUGUGCCCAUCUGAGCUAGUAGGCACACCCAGGUCCAUACGGGUCAACAAGCGUAGUCGCCUCAAACCCAUGCCGCCUCCCAGACGGGACAAGCCACAAAGUGACGGGCUGCUGGAUAGCUCUGGAGCAGUGGCAGCUUGUGAAAGGAUAUCAGGACAGUACAUGUUGGGGGAUACAAGUACUGAUAGUGACCUGAUAUCGACUGGUGGAGAUGGAUACGAGAAAAGGUCAGCAUGGGUGUGAGAGUCUGGACAUGAUCCUAAUCUUAUUGGUGGCAGAGUAGGAUCAACACCAAAACAAUUUGCAUCCUAAGACAGCUGAAAAGGUUAUAUUUUUAUGAGCAACUAAUGAAAUGUCAUUAAACAAUAAAAUCCUGGUAUCUUUUGACCUUUAGAUGAGAUGUGACCUUCGGAGGCUGUCAGAAUUUACUCAGUUAUGUAGAUGGUACAUUGUGCAUGUGAAAAGUGAGGGACCAUAAACAAAGGUCUUAAACUGUUUGAAGAUGAGGUGACUUUAGGUGGCUCUUCUGUUUUAAAGUCUCUGUGGAAUGCUACCCUUUACAGCUCAACCACGACCUUCACCAUCCACCUGUUGCUUCUGUUUGUAUAAGCUCACUCGGCUUCUCUAAACGCUAAACACAGAUCACCCUUGACCUGUCUCGACCUGGCUGUGUGCGUCAGGGUGAGAGGUCAUUCUAAAAGCAUGUUGGCGAUAUCCACAAAGGGCCUCCAAGGUUGAAAAUGACAUACAUUCUCCGCAUUGAAGACAACAAGUAUGGCUUUCCCUCCAAAAAUUAACGCUAGUGUGACAACAAUUAGCAUCAUUGUGUUAAAAUGAUUGUAACUAGUCCAUACAAACUUUGAUUUGUUAUUACAUUAUUAGCAUUGAUGGGUGAUGUUUUCUUUCGAGAAACCAGUGAGUUUGUCUAGACUCUAAAGAACAGGAAUUCCCCAGCCUGAGUGCCAGGCAGAGCAAUUAGCGUCAAAGCCUGGAUUUGUAUUUAUGGGGGUGGCUUGUCACAAUAUAUUCAAAGACCCAGAGGGAUUUGAGGCUGGAACUUUAGAACACAUACAAACACUUAAAAUAGCACACCACAAUCCAAUGAAACACAAGAUCUGAUGACGCCUGACACAACGCAACCUCUCUUAGUAUGUUUCACCUCUACAGCUAAAUUAACAACAGCCUGCUGCUUUCAUCUUCCUGUCUUUUGUCACCAUCUUAUGUACUCGGAUCCAUGUCAGACCAUUUGUUCAUGAGGAGCGCCCCGGCUUUGAGUUUGAGUGAGACUGCUUAAAUGACACCUCAAUUUUACCAUCAUUUUGAAAUUGUCAGAGCUCAUCAUGCUAUAUGUAUAUGUCCAAAAUUACACCAGAUUUUUAUUUUAAUUCAUGGCUAUAUUUUAGCACAAAAGAGCCAGUAAUGAAUAGAGGAACUGUAAAGAUUUAAAAAAACAAACAAACAAAAAAACCAUCCAUUUGCUUGAAAUUUGUGUCUCUGAAUUGUAGUGUUUUUUUCCUGGUUUGUUACAAUUUAAUGGAAAAUUGAGGUAGAGAAUAAAUCAGUCUAUGACUGAAUAAAAAUGGGUUCAGUUUGUGCCACAUAUUAACUCUGAAAAAAACUUUUGGAAGCCACCCACCUGUUAAGCCAGUUUUAGGCCGUGCAAUUACAAUGAGCUUUUAAGAUUAUUACUUGUCAUGUUGUAUGAGAUGAUCCCAAUAAAUGCUUGGCUGUAUU